CUGAAAUUUGUCUCCCAAGCCAAUCACGCUGCAGCAGCAAUCGGGCAUCGUAUUUCAACCACAGGAGAGAGCGCCCGCACCACUGCAUCUCGUGCUCGUCAGCCGCCGCACGCCGCACCUCUGCAUCGACCGCUCGUUGCCGCCCACUUCUGUAUCGCGACUGUGAACCGCCGCCGGCCCGCCGCACGCCCGCACCUCUGCAUCGACUGCUCGUUUGCCACCCACCUCUCUCCUCUGCAGUUCAGCAGUUCAACGGAUAAAAGCAGCAGCAGCACUUUCGCCCGCGAGAAGGAAAUCGCAGCCACCAUUCAGCGGCGCCGCCAGCAGCAGGUCAGCCACCAAUGGUUUUCUGCUAUACACAAGCUGAAUGGUCUUAUUUGCAGACUUUUGGGUUUGGAUACCCCAAUGAUAAAAAUUUUUGCUAUUGAAUUGAAAUGGAAAAAUCGGGUUCGGGUAGUAUGUGAGUAUUAUUAAACAGGUUUUGGACAGGUACGAGUAUUGAAAUUAAAAUACUAAACGGGUUUGGGAAUUAUAUUUAUAAAUGGUUUUGGGUUUGGAUCCUUAAUUUCGUGAGUACCCAACUCAAUUACAUCCCUGAGCCCAUUUUCUUCGCACCCCCAACCAAAAACUCAACUUCUUUUUUUUUUUCCAAACUCACAAUUCUCUUGCUGAAAAAUCUGUCUUUGCCUUUGUACAGAACUACUCAUCCUUCCCUCUUCAUCAGCUCCAUUCUCAGUCUUGCUGCAACACAUGAAAUCUGUCGUCUUUGCUAGUUCAUUAGGGAUAUGGAACUCGCCAAGAAGUUAAGGUUCCGAUUGCAAGUAUGGACCUCCUUGCCUCUGAGUCUUUUUUUUUUUUUUUUAACCGUUGGCCAUCACUCAUCCUUCGACGUUGCACAAAAGAAAGCUCCGGGCAGCUGAUAUUGUUCUUGUAUAUGCCUCUUAGGUGAAGAAGCACCAGCAACAAUAGUAGCAACGGCUCACCACAUUGGAAGCCAUACAUAAUCAUUUUAACCACUUUGUAAGCCAAGAUUUCCCUUUUGGGCUGGGUUUACUGGAAAUUUAGCUGGCUGUCUUUUCGAGCUUAAGGACCUCACAAAAGUGAUUAAUGUUCUAAGUCUUAUCGGGAAAAAAUGCAAUACAUUAAUAGAUGUUGAUACUGCCUAUAAUAUAAUACAGUAAUGAUUUAGAUGCAGUUUGGUCAAAAGUUUAUUAUAUUUUGCUUAUGUUAACUAUGCUUAUCUUUUAAAUUCGUCAAGAUUGGGUUAGAUUACGAAUGAUUUUUGUUUCUCUCUUUUCUAUUGCCUUCUUGAUCGUGCUAUGUUGAUUUCCUGCAUUUCUUAUAGACUUCCCUUUUGGGCUGUUUUUGACUGGAAAUUUAGCUGGCUGUCUUUUCGAGCUUAAGGACUUCACAGAAGUGAUUAAUGUUCUAAGUCUUAUUGGAAAAAAUUGAAAUACAUAAUAGAUGUUGAUACUGCCCAUAAUGUAAACAGUGAUGAUUGAGAUUCUGUUUGGUCCAUUUGUGUUGAAUUUUAUGUAGAAUACUUGUUUAAUGUUUUUCAAUGUUUGACUUUGUUGUAAGUUGUACCAAUAUUUUUGUUAGCUAUUUUAAGAUUUUGAUAUUUUUGUUUUCAUUAAAUAUUUCUAAAAUUAUAUUAGCUUGGCUUUGGAUAUCAGAUGUGUAUAUCCUUCCAUGUUUAAACUAUUAUACUCCAAAUAUAUGUUUGUCUUCUUUCUUUUCUCCAUUUCCUCUGUCAAUCUCCAGUAGCUUAAGUAAAAAUUCUUCCAAAGAUGCAGCCACAUUCUAGUGUUCAAAGCAUUCAGCCCUACAACGUUUCAUGUAUCUCCUUUCAUUCCCUAUAUCUUUUUAUUUGUAUUUCAAUUUAAUGUUUUUGGUUUCAUUUGGUUUUAUGAAGAAAAAGGAAACUGUGAAAUUAAUAUAUCAAACUUAUGCAUCUUGUUAAUGGCUAAGACACGAAAAUUUAAAAGAUGUUUACAACUAAUAUUUUCUGCAAAAGAAGCCUAAUCCUGCUUAAAUUCAACUAAUAGCAACAAAAGCUCAUAAGAUCUAAUAGCAAUGUGAUGUAGUUGAUUUUUAUAGCUGUUGAAAGUUUUCGCCGCUGCACUUAACAAAUUGUGAGAUUAGUUAUGCCUUAUGCAUCAUUAUGUUCAAUCACUCCAAGUUGGCAGUUCAUUAAUCUCACUUUGCAUUUCAAGUAUAUUUUAGCUCUCUUUAAUUUGUAAUUUCUUUAUUUAAGAAUUUAUUCAUAAUUUACUUGAAUUUCACAGAGGUUUGAUUUUAUUUUUUUCUUUUUGCCUUUUUGAAUUGUGUUAGAACUUGGAAGAUCUUUUUUUUUUUUGUUUAUAAUCAACUUAAUAUCAAAUUUCAGUUAUUUUGCUUAAUGUGAGGUUUUAAAUCUAUUCAUGAGAUAAUGAUUUGUUCAAUUUCAUAGAGUUUUUAGUUUUGUUUUGGGUUUGAAUCCUUUUAUUUUAUUUAUUUAUUUUUUGUGUAGCAUUUCACAAUUAUUUUGUGUUCAGACUGGGUAUUUUGUUUGGACCUUGGAGCUCUAAUAUUUUUUGACUUUAUGUGUGAUUUGCUUUUCCUUUUUUAUUUUUUUGCUAUAAGAUAAUAUGAUGGGUAAAAUUUUAUGUGUUUUAUUAAAUUCUUUUUUGAUGAUCCAAUCAAAAGGACAUCAUUGUUGCAAAUUAAGAGAUUGACAAAGGGGCAAAAAAAAGCCCAUGUAAAACUGGGAAAGAUAAACUCACUCCCUAAUAAAUCUCGAGACAUAUCGUUAUUUCAAUCAAAAGUAGGUAAUUUCAAUGGUCAUUACUGGUUUUUACAAGUGAAUCUUGCUUUGCCAAUAAAUAAAGUAGAGGCAAAAUAAGUUAAAAACAGACAACCAUAGAAGACACUUGAUAAUAAAACUCCAUCUAAAUAGGUCAUUGUUUUUGCAUUUUCAGACCCUUGCUUGUUUCUUUCCUUUUAUUUGGAAGGUGGUAGAAGAUCAAGACUUUAUAGUGGAGGGCUAGCUAGGUUCCCUGGUUAUCAUCCAAUGUGGCGUAUUGUGUCAAAUCUUCUUCAGAGAACAUCAUCAUCUAAAACACCUAUGCUCUCCCAUUCCCCUCUCAAACACUUCACUUUCCUGACCCAUCAAUUUUCUGAAAUCACGUCCAUAAAAUACCAAAAGCAACAGCAACUCCCAUUGCUUGUUCUUUUGCACCACAUUUCAAAUUUGGCCUCCAGGCCUAGCUUGUCAAUAUGGAGGCGGAAGAAAGAGAUGGGCAAAGAGGGGUUAAUUGUGGCCAAGGAGCUCAAGAGACUCCAAUCAGACCCUGUCCGUCUGGAUUGGUUCAUCAAGUCUCAAGUUUCUCGCUUGCUCAAGUCUGAUCUUGUUGCUGUUCUUGCUGAGUUUCAGAGGCAAGACCAGGUUUUCCUCUGCAUGAAGUUAUAUAAUGUAGUGCGUAAAGAAAUAUGGUAUCGGCCAGACAUGUUCUUCUACAGGGACAUGCUUAUGAUGCUUGCAAGAAACAGGAAGGUUGAGGAAGCGAAGGUGGUUUGGCAAGAUUUGAAGAGGGAGGGAGUUUUAUUCGACCAACACACUUUUGGCGACAUCAUUAGAGCAUUCUUAGAUAGUGGAUUACCGUCAGAAGCAAUGGACAUAUACGAGGAGAUGAGACAUUCUCCUGAUCUUCCAUUAUCUUUGCCUUUUCGUGUGAUCUUAAAAGGUCUCAUUCCAUACCCAGAUUUAAGAGAGAAGGUGAAAGAUGACUUCUUAGAACUUUUUCCGAACAUGAUUGUCUAUGACCCAGCUGAAGACUUAUUUGAAGAUCAACAUAGGGGAAGUGAAGAUGAUUAGAGGUGGAUGAAGUGCUUGCUACAUAUUAGGACACAAUAUUGAUUUGUACUAUGCCAUAAUAAUGUCCAUUUAGCCUUUUGAUAGAAGUGGGCAAGAAUGCGAGGUUCUCUAAUUUUAUUAAAUUACUCCUUUGCCUGCA